AUGUUGCAUCUUCUCGAUUUGUCGGAAGACAUUCUUGUUGGAAUCAUGACCCAUGUGAUGACACCAGCUAAAGAAGGAAGUAGGAAAAUAAUCACAGAAGAAAGCAUAAAAGCGAGUCUUCCACUGGCAACAACAUGUCACGCACUGUACGACGUGUGGAGACAUUCUAUGCACGACCUCGAGUUGUGGGUCUCAGGAAAAUUGAAUGAUCGUGGGUUGGAAGCCAUUUGCAAAGGUAACGGCAAGGGUAUCCAUAGACUAGGCCUCCGCCGAUGCAAAGCAAUUUCAAAACGGGCCUUUGCACAAAUACCACGGCAAUGUUCCAGGUUGCGUUCACUCGACAUGUCACAUACUGACAUCGGAGAUGACUUUGUCCUCGAGCUGACGAAAAACACUGGACGAAGCCUGCAGUUUCUUGCCUUGCACGGAUGCAACAAGCUGACGGCGCGCUCAAUACAUGCGAUCGCAGACCGCUGUCCGCAUCUCAGGUUUCUGGAUAUCGGCUCUAUCGCAGCUGUCGAUGACGCCGCUAUUGAAUACCUUGUCUCAAGACUUGGGGGGUCUAUUCGCACUAUGGUUCUUUCAAACUGCAAAAACUUGUCCGACUCUGGCAUGGCCGCUCUCGGCGUUGAAUGCAAGGCUAUCAUGUCCCUCACCCUUCGAGGGUUGUCAUCGAUAACAGAUAACGGUUUAUAUAAACUCUGCUGCGGAAUUGGAGAUCGGGUACAAAUCCUGGAUGUACUUGACUGCGCAGGACUUACAAUGGGGGGAUACUUUGCGACGAUGGAGGCCUUCUGUCCGCAUGUGUUCAAAUAUCUGGAGGAGAGCAACUAUAUCGAUCAUCUUGGUGAAAGAUGUCUCCGAGAUAACAUCAUUGCGACAAUGCCUGGACUGAUCUACCGCAUUUCUGCAACGGAUGCAAUUCGUAGGCUUCCUGCUCUCUACUUCCUUCUGCUUGACGAAAGCACGUUGCGUCCCUUUCGAGUAUCUGUUCAAAGCAAGUCUCUGAACCUGAGUGACUUUGGAUCAGUUUUAAUCUCGAAUUUCGGGAAGAAGCCCACGCCGAAGACAAAAAACAUUCUCCUGAGCAGAUUCGGCUACGACAGUCCGUUCGAUUCAGAAUCUGACGAUGAAGCAUGUGAGCGAAUGUGAUAAUACGCCCGAGCACUCGGCCAUUCUUUGUCAUGAUAGGACAUGGUGUACUGGACGAUCAGGAUCAGGAACUCAAGCGAGUUUUGCCGAAUCUUUUUCAGUCUGACCUAACCGGACUGGAGGUAGAGGCUAUCUAUCAAUAUACAAUACGAGCGCUUUCGCGGCUACAAGUGGAAUUCGCCCAGAUGUCACUCCGUGCUUGAAACACGAGAGUCAGUCGCAAUCAGACACCAGAUCUUGUCUUCUCGUACCGAAGAGUUGCGAGAGAAGUCGGGAACAUGUAUCUUUAACGGAGCGAAAAAACAGUGCAACCUGUAAAAUUCAAGAAGCCUCACCCUGCCGCAGGCGCGAAUAUCUUGUAAA